AUGACAACCACGGCGAGGAUUUGCAUCUUCCUCUUCCUGCUCUUUUACCCGAUCGGCGGAGAGCGCGCCAAGGAGCAAACGUGCCCAAAUGACAUCUGUCAUCUCAGGCGGAGCUUCGAGGAGUUCAUGGGGCAGCUCAACUGCUUUGCCUUUGACGGCGAUGAAACCGGCUACCGUUUCAGCAAAGUCGAGUACGCGUACCGUCAAACAUACGUCAUCGAACAGGAUGGCCGAGAACGAAUCCGUAACGAAGCGGUACGAUGCUACGACCCAUUCUACGAUCUCGGCACUCUGACCAACGCAUCGGUCGAUGUCGAGUGGAACGGCCGUACCUGUAUGGUCGCCGACGAGUUCGGGUGUCAGGAAUGCCCGGUCGGCCAUAAGCCCGAUCCGGACACCGCAUCGAAAUUCGCCACUUUUCAAAGCUGUGUGCCCGUGCAACUUGGCGAAGACAUCUACCUACGGAUGCCCAGAACGUUCACGGAAGCCAGAGAAACGAUGAUGCCGAAGGAGAUGUACUGCCCAGACGGCAAGCGACGAGACUACCGUGGCACUUGCACCUGGAGAUGCACGGACAACUGCAAGGAGUGCAUGGAUUCGAAGGAAUGCGUGCAGUGCCUGCCCGGCUUCAGCUCGUCGGGUUAUCACCGAUCGCUGGAGAAGCGGUGCAUCAGCUGUGGGGUGACGACGGAGGGUUGUCUGGAGUGUGGGCCGCAAGGUCUCUGCGUCAUCUGCCAAUCGAACCGUGUCCGCGUCCACUACAACAACGGGCUGAAGACGAAAUGUCUGAUGAUUUGCCCAAGGGGCCUGUACUUCGACGUCGACCUGGUGAUGUGCAAGCCGUGUCCCAGCUGGUGCGCUCAUUGCUCAGGCCCGAGAACGUGUGCGGAAUGCGCGGAUGGGUUGUACACGUUUCGUCGUCCGUUUGAUUGGCCGCCGAUAUGCCGACGAAAACGAGAAAGUCGUCGAGUGCUUGAAUGCUUGCCCAGAAGACUUCUACCCCAGCAGCUCCGCCCCAAUGCAAUGCCUGCCCUGCUCAACGGCUUGCAAUGGAUGUUGGGGACCAACGGCCCAACACUGCUACCAAUGCAGGUACUGGGGCUACAUCGGCAUGGACUCGCCCUUGGUCAGCAACUUUUGAUCGCAGAAGUUCUUCCAUUUAGGCCACCUGCCAAGACUUCAUCACGACGUCGAGCAGAAAGUACGAUGAACCCUCGCCAGACGAAAAUGCCGCGCGGCGACGACGCAAACGAGGCAUUCAGCGUCCAGGCGAUG